GAUUAUUAGCUAGUAGAUUAGAUGGUAAUACGGGAAUAAAAGUAUCUUCAAUCCUAAUUCCUGUAUUUAUCACAUUAUCUUUCGUCUUUUGUUGUACGGGGUGCUGUUUACCUUGUAUUCUCUUAGUAUGGAAUGCGGAUGAUCUUGAAAGUGGUUCUGAUCCUUCGCUUAAAACUUAUGAUAAACGGAUUACUUAUCCUACAGCGGCUGGUCCAAGUACUUCAUUUGCUAGUGGUGGCAAUGAAACU